AUGCCGGACAGUCACGGAGAGGUACGGACACCAGAGGAUGCGGCUUUGGUGCGAGUGCUGGGAAAUUUGAUGAGCUCCCAUCCGCAAUCGCGAGAAGAUGCAGGGAGGAAAGAUUCUCAGUCGACUAUUGAUUCCCUGGAGGAAGCCGUCCUACGGGAUACUGCCCAUGUCAACGGCGAAGCCGACAACGUGAUGUUGAUCCAACGAUACCCGGCUCUCCGGAAGAAAGGUGGUCAUGGGCGCCCAAAAAAAAGUUACGAUGGCCUUUGCCCCGCUGGCCCUGAGGCCCCUCGCAUCGUCAACAUGGCUCUUCCAGAGUUGACCUUUGUGCGUCCCCCUUUUUGGCUCCUCGUGGAUGCCCCCUUGCCAACCAAAGCUCUGGUGGCCAAGCGUUCGCUGGGCGUGAUCGUCCAGGUGGGCAACGAUGGUGGGAUGAUCGAAUGCCCAGAGCUGGAAGCGGCCUUUGGCUCGGCGGUCUUAGUUGGUAGGAAUCAACUUGGGCCCUACACCGUAGGGCAGGAGGUCUCUUUCGCGGUCACCAUCAACGAAGACAACAAACCGCAGGCCUUUGAUCUUCAAGUCAUACCUGGGCUAGGCCUGGGCACUUGCUAUGGCUAUGGUGAAGCUGAGAAGAGGGAAUUGGUCAGUGCAGCUGCCACCAGUUUAGCUGCCGGUGUCCUUCCUUUACCUCUGCUGCCUUUGCCCGGGCUGCUCCCCGGUUUGCCCGGCCUGCCUGGAGCCCUUCCGGGCGCCACAUUGCCCCCGGGCCUCCCAGCGGGGCUCCCAGCAACGCUGCCGGGUGCCCUGCCGGGCGCCACGCUGCCAGGGCUCCCCGCGGCUUUGAGCGCCGCGCUGCCUGCGGGGCUUCCGCUGCCGAUGCCCGGGCUGCUGCCGGGGCUCGCGGCCGGGACGCUGCCUCCCGAGCUGCCUCCGCAACCGGCACCGGUGGUGAAGACGCCACCGGCACCGGUGCAAACGCCCACACAGUCGCCCAAUGGAGAUCAGAUCCUGGGGACGUUCCUGGGUGUUGUCAGGACGGUGGAUGAGGACAAGGGCUUUGGUUUUAUCACCAGCGAUCAGCUGAGGGGGCAAGGAAUCAAUGAAGACUGCUACGUGCACAAGCACUACCUGGGAAGAGAAUUCAACGUAGGGUCGGAGGUGUCUUUCACGGCCUUCCUAGAUGCACGUAACGGCAGGCCCCGCGCCAAAGAUCUCAAAGACGCCAAGGGCAAGGUGGGACCACAGUCGACCAUGAUGCCACCAGCUGCUCCCACCCUGCCAGGCGCCGGCCUGGGGCUGCCGGGGCUUGGGCUGCCCCUACCGGGCCUCGGCGCCGGGUUAACGGCUCCGGCGCCGGGAAUGCCUUGCGCCGGUGGAGAGAAGGAGGAUAGCAUCGGCACCUACAAAGGCACCGUGAAAAGUGGAGGCCUCAGAUGGGUUUUUAGUGAAAGACCAUAA